GCACUUUGGAGUCAUGUGUGUUUUUUUUGUUUUUCUUUAGUCUGAAGACACUGGAGAGAUGGAUAUGACUGCAGUAAAGAAAGAUCUAGACACGUACGCUCACAUGGGUGGGAACACUCAUUUACAUGAACAAAUGCAGGUGCGUGUGAGUGCUGGAAGUCGACACAACCUGACAGUCGAGCUGUUUACGGGACCUGAGGACGAGAAGGUGGGAACAUGGGGUUUACCCAAGGAUCAGGAUGAAUGCAGAUGAAGAGGUGUGAAAGCUGGAACAAUGAGUGGAGGACUUCAGUCACACUCUGGAGGCUCCUCAGAAGCCCAGAAUACUGACAGUGAAAACCAAGCACAGAAAAAACCAAGCCCUGUGAUCCUCAGUCUGACUCGCUGUUCUGCCUGCUACAACCACAAGAAAAGAUCCAGGCGAGAUUCCGAUGGUGAGUCGAGCUCAUCAGCUGAGGACUCUGGACCAGAGGUGGACUCUGAAUCAGACGCAGAGUCCAGCUCUAGCAGCAGCAGCUCUGAGAAGGAAACAAAUGAGGAUCCCCCACCUGAGCCGGUGGACACUGCUGACCCUGAUCUCGGAGAUAAAACAGGUGGUGAGAGACAAAAGGAGGAGGGGGAAACGUCAGAGAGCAAGGAGAAUAAAGGAACGACAAAGUCUAUGACUCGAAGACAUCCACUUGUCAAAUCAUACUCCCUGCCUUCCUCCUUCCCCCCUCAACUCAUCCCCUGGUCCCUCUUGCCCCGCCCUCGUACGGUUGUCUCCACCCUCCACCUGCAGGUGUUAUCGCAGAAACAGGACGACGACCCUUUCAACGUCAUGCAACAACACCUUUUUGAGCAAGUGAAAACCGAGGAAAAUGGCGGAGAAGGGCGACAAAGAAUCAACAACCCACCAUAUCCUCUGAGACCUACAAUGAACAAGUUACUAUGGCGACAGUCGUCACUACAAUCAUCACAGCAACAGCAGCCACCAUACCCGCACCAACAACCGAUGCUUGAGCUGUCACAUCAACGCUACCAACAACAACCUCAACACUUUGACCCUCUGUCAGCUCAGGCUCAAAUGUUUCCACCUCCUCCACACACACUUCCUGUGUUACACCCCCAACUGUUGCACCCACCCAUACACAACCCAUUUGCACCUUACACACAUCUGCAUGCAUCUCCUCCACAGCCACACUGGUACAGCAUGCAAAAUCCUUACACGCACUAGACUUAUAUGUAAUUAAAAAUAUGCAGAAAAUAGAUGAUAAAGAUUUGAAUGUAAGGUAAUGAGGGAAACUAUUUUGAUUGUUACAAGGCCUAUUUUUUUGCAGUGUGUAAAAAAAAAAAACUAUCUUUCAUAAACUCUGAACUAAAGUGAUGCAGCACUUAUUUGGACAUUGUUUUUAUUAUUUAAAAAGAAGUUAAAACUGUUUUGUGUCUAUAUGAGAUUUAUUUAAUCUCUUGUCCCUGAAUGUGUGUUUCCUGUAACAGCAGCUGUUAAAACAAACUGAUGGAAGACAUUUUCAUUCUUCAGCUCUCAGCCCUGUCCCUUUACAACAUUCAACACUGGGGAAAACAUGUUAUGCUGUUUAGUGUUUUUAUUCUCUUAAAGUUAGGCCAACUAUAGCUUUCAAUCUUCUCCUGCCAUGAGCGUCAGACAAAGUAUUGAACUGUUUUACUUAAAGCUCCUGUGCAGAGUUCUAUGAAGGUUAUGAAACAGACUGAAAUUUAAACUUUUGCUCUUUUAUGACCUUCAAUAUCAAACAAGACCAUCAAAGAUUAAACUGGUUAUUGGUUAUGUUUUUAGGAUAUCUGGCACCCCUGCCAAUGGGUAGGUGUCAGAACUCAAGGCAAUUAAUAGUAAGCUACAGAAACACCCUUAAAAAAAAUGUCCUCGCAAAGAUUCAUUGUCAGUUGCACGUUACGUUUAAAACAAAAAAGGAAAACAGAAAAAAACAGAAAACAAUAUCUAUACAUUUGCAGGUCAAGAUGAGCAAAGAGAUAAAUCCUCACGCUUUGUCCACAGAGGGCGCCAAAAUCAACAGAAACUGAAAAUUCCUUACAGGAGCUUUAAGAAAAAACUUUUAACGCAAUCACUCUGGUAUGAGAUAAAAGUAUCUAAUUAAUUACCAAGAAAAUGUCCAAAGCUAAUUCAUAGAUAGCUGAACUUUCUUAUGUUGACACCGAUUCUCACUCGAAAGUGGUAUUGAGUAAAGAGCCUAUUAUCUUUUCUUUUUUUUCAACAAGCCCCUGCAUUAACAAAGUUAAAUCAGUCAAAAUAUCCCAGUAAACUCAAUUAAAUGUAUUAAGCCAACUUUCUUUGUCUCAGAAAGUGGAAGUUAGUUAAAAGCACUUUCUGACAUCAAGGCUAUCACUUACAGUGCUGGAAGAGCUAUUUAAAUACUUCACAGAAUUCUAACACAGUGUUCAAUGCAUUGAAAAUUGAAUAAAGUUAAAAAGUAGCUGUUUCAACAUUUUUGUUUCUACAUGUUUCCUGGUGUAUUACACUAUCUGUGUCAACAUGUACUGAAUAUUUGCCUACCAGACAACCUCCUCAAUGUUUGAUAUAUAUCCUUUGAUGUUUGAAUGAAUAUCCUUGUUCCAGCUGUUUUUUUAAAUUGUCACAGUUAACAUUCGGAGUGUUUUUGACGGUUAAGGAACAAUCAGUUGUCCAUGUAAAUAAAUAAUCAGCUUUACUCUACACAAGCUCAAUUCUGUUGAUUCUCAUGGAGGUGGGUGCUUUGGGCCAUCAAUUUAUCAACAAAAAACACACUUGAAGAACUUUAACCAGCUGUACCCAAAAUCUGACUUCGUUUACCGACCAGACAAAGCCGACCAUGGCAGCCGCUGAAAUGGAAAAUGCAGGUGCUUGUUAGCACGAGACACGAGAGCCGUAUUUUGUG